AUGGCCCCGCAGCAGCAUAACCACCCUCACCAGGGAGAGGAGGAGCAACUGCGGGAACCACAGUCGGAGACGGAAACUAAAAGAAAGAGAGUUUUCUGGCUGACCUCCCUGGGCUCUCUGCUUAGCCGCAAGGUGGCGGAGCUGCUCUGGCCGUCGCUGCGCAACUUUUCUCUGGGGCUGCUGAUCGAUGCUCUUGGCUUCUCCAUUGGACUGGCCGUUUCUCUCGUGACCGGAUUGGAGUAUGUCAAGAUGGUUGAAUCUCAUGAGUCUGCAGCCGUGCUUGACCUCAAGGUGCACCUCGCCACCAACUCCAAUGCAAGGGCCAUCUUGACCUUGCCAGGGAAUGUGCUGAGACUUCCAGCUGCCGAAGAAGGCGACGACUGCUCAUCCGCCUUGCACCUCUCUCAAUUCGUGGGGAGAGCAGUCUUGCGCGUGUCGUUCGCUCCAUUGGUUCCCAAAUUCCCUUGCUUUGGCAACGUCCACUUUUCUUUCCUCGAAACUCCAGAACUGGACUUCUGCCUUUCCACCUAUGCGGGGCUUGACCUCAUGUCACUUCCUGGCAUCUCCGGCCUCUUGCACCAGAAGAUUCAGUCGGCUAUUGCAGGUCACAUGCUAUGGCCAAGGCGCUUUACACUUCGGACGAAGGCAGCAGCAGUGACAACAGGUAGAACCAAGCGAGCAGUUGGCACCGUGACAGUGGAGGUAGUGGAGGCCACAGAGCUAACUCAAACAGGACUACUUCUGGCACAGAAUAUCCUGUAUCCAUCACCCUAUGUCAAGGCCUACAUUGAUCCAAGUCGUUCUGUGUCCACUGCCACUGAAUCCUACACUUGUGAACCUGUGUGGCGUGAGGUGAUUCGUCUGCCUGUGAUGGAUCAUGAGACGGAUGCCUUGACAUUUGAGGUCCACGAUGCCACAGCACUGCUGGUGGACAGUUUGAUCGGCUCCUGUGUUCUUCACGUCAGCAAUCUGACGCCGGGAAUUCCACAGUGGGGGGACGAAUGCAAUACGAUUCGUAACCUGUACUCGCUGUGGUUCCCCCCGGCCGAUGAAGUAAAGGGGGGACCGUGUACUUUGGUGUGCAACAGCACCACCAACGUGGUCUCCUGCGACCCCCCUCCUCCACCCGACGCCCUGUGCGCCUGUGUGCUCUACAGCCCCACCAAUUACACCGGACUGUCCGUGGCUCUCUCAAAUCUCUCGGGCCCCAUCCCAACGUCCAUUGGUGGCCUCCUCCAUCUCACCUACCUGAACCUUCAAGGAAACAACUUCAGUGGCCCCAUUCCCACUGAACUCUGCCAGCUCACCGCCUUGCAGUACAUGUUCCUCAGGCGCAACAGACUCACAGGUGCCAUUCCCUCCAACAUUUCUCUCGCCCAAAACCUCACCAACCUGUACGUCAUUCAUUCAGAGUCACAUCUAGAGGGACCAGCUCGUCUUCCCACCUCGCGCAGCCUCCUCCCCUCCACCUCCCCCUUCCCCUCACCCACAUCUCUCCCCUUCUCCCCCCAGUUCGUCUUUCUCACCCUCUCUGCCAUCUUUCUAUGCCUCUCUCACUUGCACUUACUUCCACUUCUCUGGGUGGACAACAACACCCUCAACGGCCACCUUCCUGGCCCUCUGGGGAACCUAGUGAAUCUCGUCUCGCUCAAUGCGACCAACACCAGUCUAUCAGGCUCCAUGCCGUCAUGCUUCGCCAGCAUGCCUAACCUCACACGCAUCAUGCUCCCCGCAGGCAACAACUUCUGUCCGGCGGAGGGGCAGUGCUGCAGCAACAACCUCCCCAGCAACGCACCAGAGUCUUUCUAUGCGCCGCCCAACAUGAGCUGCCCCAUCUGCUCCGCCUGCUCCUCCUUCUGCAGCUCCUGCCAGCCUCCGCCGCUGUCAACGGGGGCCAUAAUAGGGAUAGUGGUGGCGGGUGUGGUGUUUGUGGCCGCUGUGCUAGCAGCUAUCAUCUGGUGGCAGUGGAGGAAACGAUUCGUUGCCUCCAAGCUAGCGGAGUGGGAGGAGGCGUUGAAGCGGCACUCGUUCCACCGCUUCACCCUGAGGGACAUCCGCCUGGCCACUAACAACUUCAACCGCGCCAACCUCAUCGGCCAGGGCGCCUUCGGAGUCGUGUACUGCGCACAGGGACCCGCUGACCAGGGCGCCUUCGGUGUCGUGUACUGCGCACAGGGGCCUGCCGACCAGCUGUGGGCCAUCAAGCGCUCGCGCAUGAUCGCCAAGGAUGCCUCUGAGAGCACCGUCUUUGAAACCGAGGUCCGGACCGUAUCCCGCCUGAGCCACCGCAACCUGGUCCGUCUGCUAGGCUACUGCAGCGAGCGGGGAGAGCAGAUCCUGGUGUAUGAGUUCGUCCCCAACGGCCCCCUCAGCAACUACCUCUACGCCUCCCACCAGGGCGCGUGCCUCGACUUCCAGCAGCGCCUCGAGGUCGCCAUAGGGGUGGCUGAAGGCCUGGCUUAUCUGCACAGCUCCACCCAGCCGGCCAUGGUGCAUCGGGACAUCAAGCCCGCAAAUAUCCUGUUAGAUGCGGGCUGGCAGGCCAAGAUUGCGGAUUUCGGGCUGGUGAAGGACCUGGGGGAUAACGGCGCGUCGGUGGCGACGCGGGUGGUGGGCACAAGGGGGUAUUUAGACCCCGAGUAUUUCAGCCGGGAUAAGGUUACCACCAAGGCUGACGUGUACAGCUUUGGAGUGGUGUUGAUGGAGCUGGUGACAGGCCGCCCUGCGUCCUCUGUGGACCCCACGAGCGACAACCAUGCCACCAUCCACAUCUCCUCAUGGACCAUCCCAUACGUGGAGGACGGGGACAUUGCGCCCAUAUCAGACCCGCGCAUCUUCACCCCAGGGAUAUCAGAGCAUCUCCUCGCCAUGUCCAAGAUUGCCAAGGACUGCAUGCAGCUGCCAGGCAAGGAGCGGCCAGAGAUGGUGGAUGUGGCGCGCAUGCUGCGCGAUGUGAGACGCCGUUCCAAACCCGUGCUGCUCCCUUCCCCCCAUUACUGUCUAUUCCAAUCCAUCCCCUCCCACACCCCCCACCCGCUGCGCCCCCAGCUGCCAGGCAAGGAGCGGCCGGAGAUGGUGGACGUGGCGCGCAUGUUGCGCGAUGUGAGGCGCCGUGCCUUUGGCGUGGGGGCGGAGGAGAUUCAGCUCGAUGAGGUGCCCGCGUCGCCCCUCACCUCGCUCUACUCCUACCACCACUCGCAGCCAGCCUCGGGCUAUGGCACAGACUCGUACAUAGAGUUCUCCGGACCUGUCCCCAAGUAA